AUCUGGCGCGGAGAACCACUAUUUAUGCACAAGACACAGAUGGUGUGGUCUUCAUAAGCAGUCAUUCACUGAGACACAUAAAACGAUUCUUCACUUUCAUCACCAUGAUCUUGUGGAGCGUGGCCCUUCUGCUGGUGGCUGGCGCAUGUACGGCCGAUGAAGAACCCCGAGAUGAAACGCAUAUCACCCUGGCGCUGGACUGGGCCAUGAACUGGGGCGAGUGGGGACCGCAGGUUUAUUGUCCUCUCGGCACUUUCGCCUACGCCUUUCAGAUCAAGGUAGAGGGCGAGGACCACAUGGACGACACAGCUAUGAACGGCAUCGAGCUCUUCUGUCGCGCUCCAGCUGAUGUGGGACACGAGGGACAGCCACCCAAGAAGGACGCUAAGGAAUUCAGUAUUACCUCUACCGUCCAGCAGUGGGGGGACUGGAAAGGCAAGCGAGAAUGCGCGACCGGCUACCUCACCGGCCUCCGCAUGAGAAGCGAGGAGGACCAAGGCUUUUUCAUCGACGACACAGCGGCCAACGACCUCGACAUGCAAUGCAACUGGUCCACCGACACUCUCAACGGCGGCGGCGACCACUGGGGCGACUGGAGCAGCUGGGAGUCAUGCCCGCACAACUGGGCGAUCUGUGGCAUCGAGACCCGAGUGGAGGCAGACAGUGCCACAGAUGACACAGCUCUCAACAAUGUGCGAAUGUUCUGCUGCAGCUUUGAUGACAUGCCACCGACUUUUGUUCCUCUGUAAUGCAAAUGGGUUUGGCCUAAUGUCAAGGCAAUGUAUAGAGACUUUAUAUCUCAAUUCCCAUUUUUCAUCAUAAUACUGUCCUGAACUGGAAAUAUUUAAUGGAGUGGUAAUUUUCAUGAAUCAAAAUAUGGUAAGUUGGAAUAAUUUGAUAGAGCACACUUGGUGGAGCCAUUAUUUAUAAUGGUGCUCUGAAAUAUAUUUGUUAUAAAACUAAAAGAAAUUAUACUUUUUUUACCAUUUUGAAAAAAGAAGGUUCAACAAGACUCCUAAGAGGUUAAGCAAAGCCAAACUGGGCCAUGAAGAAAAAUGUACACUAAUAUAAUCUAUUCAAUUGACAUUGCACAAGCGUAUGACCUUAUAAAUGCACACCUAAUACCAUCACAGCAAAAUGUAUACUGCCUCAACAUAGGCCUUUUUAUGCAAUGUAAAUGAAACUCUUACAAUCUAU